AUGGAAAAGCAGCGAGCACCAAACCCUAAUUGCCUUCCUUCCUCACCCCCGGCUGCCAUGUCAUCUCCUGGUUCCCGGCGUGGUAUCUUGACCGCAAUUCCGGUUUCCGGCGAUGGGACCUUCGGCUACUCCGUCCCGCCCCCGGCACAUUGCUCCAGUGCAGCAGCCACACUGCUUCCGUUUUGGGGGACAGAGCACAAGCCUGCUCCAUUGGUACUGCCGCAAGGGCAAACCAUUCGUGAAUCCAUUGCUCGCUCCUUGAAGAAAGAGCAGGAGAGUAAGUUUUCGAAUUUGUCUGUACUUCCCAGUUGCCUCCCAGGGGCGCAAAAAUUUUCGUCUCUUGGGCUGCCUCUUCUGUACCAGCAACCAGAUCACUGGGGAAUUAGAUUUUACACCAGAAUUGAUCUCAAGGGAUCUUUCCACACAUACCCUCAUGUGGGGGGGCCAUUUGAGAGCUUAACUGAAGUUAACAAUGCUAUUGAGCUCUACCUUAGGGGCCGCCAGGAGGAGCAAAUGUUUGUGGGAUUAUCUGGAGUGGAGCUUGCUGUACAAAAGUGCCUUUACUGGCCUGAUGGCAGAAGGAAAAAACAUUUGGCGUCCCAACCAAUUGAUACAACCCGUGAUUUUAACCGCCAGCUGGUUGAAGCUCUGGUGGACAAGUAUAAUGAGGAUCACAACCUUUUUCGGGGUCUGUUCUCUGUCCCUUCCCCUCUUGCCCUUGCUACCAAGGGUUGCACUGAUCUUGCAUAUGAAUUCAAAGAUAUUAUGUGCUGCCAAUCAAUUAGAGAUAGUAGGUUUUACGAUCAUAUCAAUUUCACUGCGAAGGUUAAAGGAGCUGAUGAUUUGAACUGCUGCACUGACAAACUAUUCUUCGCUGAAGUCAUGUAUAAUCAAUCAUCCAGUGAAUUGUUUGUCAUCUGUUUAUGUGUGCUGGAUCCUACUGCUAAUGGUUACUGUUAUGGUUGUCACUGUAAUGGAAGUCCUGACAUGAAGCACCCAAGUUCUGGUUACAUGGCUGGCCACACAAGUAAUGUGUCUGGUAGAUCUAAGAUAAACCGCGGAAAGUUUGAUGAUGAGGACAAUGAGGACGAGCUGGAAGCUCAGAAGGCUAGGUUACGAUGGAUGUUUGGGGGCUCAUCUGAGCUGAAGCAAAUCAGGGACCCACAUGAGGCAGAGCGAUGAAGAAGAGCAGCUGAGCCAGCAUUGCAG